AAUUAUUUUCUCUUGAGUUCCGUAACUAUGAUGAAGGAUGACAGUGGUUUUUUCGUUAUAUUGCCGGUGAAUAAUCUUUAUCGACAAAAGAAAGUAUGAAUCGAUUUCGUAAAGUAAAAGACAACAGUAAGAAAUACUGUCUAGUGAGGUUUAUUGAGGACAAAAUUCUGUACAUAGUACCUACAAGGCAGUUGACUCCAAUUGAAGGAGAUUUGGUGUGGGCUCCAUAUAAAAAAAUGGGCUUUUAUGAAGCUCAUAUAGUUUUUCUCAAUAAUAAUAGAAAUAUAUUGGAAAAAAAGAAACGAGAUAUCCAAAUGAGUAAAGAUAUUGAAAGUCUGAAUGAUAUGAAUACUGCAAUUUCUACAUCUAAUCUCUGUGGUAAUGAAGAUAAUUCUAGAUGUUAUCCUACAUAUGAGGCAGAUGAUACAAAAAUAAAUCAAAAUAUUGCAGUUUCUGAAUGUGAUCUUAGUGUGGACAGAGAUAAUUCAUUACAUGAUCCAACUUACAUACCAGAAGAUACUGAGACUGUUAAUGUCACAUAA